AUGUCCGAUUUUAAAAAUUUUGUAAUUAAUGGAAAAAAUGAUUUGUUUGAUUUAAAAAAUGAAUUGAAUUCCGAUAAAAAAGAAAAAAAAAGAGAAGCAGUUAAAAAAGUUAUAGCUUCAAUGACUGUUGGUAAAGAUGUUAGUGCACUUUUUCCUGAUGUUGUUAAUUGUAUGCAAACUGAUAACGUGGAAUUAAAAAAAUUAGUUUAUUUAUAUUUAAUGAAUUAUGCUAAAAGUCAUCCUGAUUUAGCAAUUUUAGCUGUUAAUACUUUUGUUAAAGAUUGUGAAGAUCCAAAUCCAUUAAUACGUGCAUUGGCUGUUAGAACAAUGGGAUGUAUUCGUGUUGAUAAAAUAACAGAAUAUUUAUGUGAACCAUUAAGAAAAUGUAUGAAAGAUGAAGAUCCAUAUGUAAGAAAGACGGCAGCUGUUUGUGUUGCAAAGUUACAUGACAUUAAUCCAUCAUUAGUUGAAGAUCAAGGAUUUGUUGAAUUACUUUCAGAUCUUUUUUCUGAUUCAAAUCCAAUGGUUGUUGCUAAUGCUGUUGCUGCAAUAACUGAAAUUAAUCAAACAAAACAAUUAUUUGAAAUUAAUCUUCAACUUGUUAAUAAAUUACUUACUGCAUUAAAUGAAUGUACAGAAUGGGGACAGGUAUUUAUUCUUGAUGCAUUAAAUAAUUAUACACCAAAAGAUGAAAGAGAAGCACAAAAUAUAUGUGAAAGAAUUUCACCACGUUUAGCUCAUGCUAAUGCUGCUGUAGUUCUUUCAACUGUUAAAGUUUUAAUGAAAUUAAUGAAUUAUCUUCCUGAAACGUCUGAAUUUAUUACUCAAUUAACUAAAAAAUUAGCACCACCAAUGAUUACAUUAUUAUCAGCUGAACCUGAAAUUCAAUAUGUUGCAUUAAGAAAUAUAAAUCUUAUUGUACAAAAAAGACCAGAUAUUUUAAAACAAGAAAUGAAAGUUUUUUUUGUAAAAUAUAAUGAUCCAAUUUAUGUUAAAAUGGAAAAACUUGAUAUUAUGAUUAGACUUGCUCAACAAAAUAAUAUUGCACAAGUUUUAAGUGAAUUAAAAGAGUAUGCUGCUGAAGUUGAUGUUGAUUUUGUUAGAAAAGCUGUUAGAGCUAUUGGUAGAUGUGCCAUUAAAAUUGAAACUGCUGCUGAAAAGUGUGUUUCUACUUUAUUAGAACUUUUACAAACAAAAGUUAAUUAUGUUGUUCAAGAAGCUGUUGUUGUAAUUAAAGAUAUAUUUAGAAAAUAUCCAAAUAAAUAUGAAAGUAUAAUUUCUACAUUAUGUGAGAAUUUAGAUACACUUGAUGAACCAGAAGCAAGAGCAUCAAUGAUUUGGAUUAUUGGUGAAUAUGCAGAAAGAAUUGAAAAUGCUGAUGAACUUUUAGAGUCAUUUGUUGAAACAUUUCAUGAUGAAAGUACACAAGUUCAAUUACAAUUACUUACAGCUACAGUUAAAUUGUUUUUGAAAAAACCUAGUGAAUCACAGGAUCUUGUUCAACGUGUACUUGCAUUAGCAACUCAAGCUUCAGACAAUCCUGAUUUGAGAGAUCGUGGUUAUAUAUACUGGAGACUUCUUUCUGCUGAUUCAGCUGCAGCAAAGGAAGUUAUUUUAACUAGUAAACCUGUGAUUACAGGAGAUACAGAUUUCCUUGAACCAUCUCUUCUUAAUCAAUUAAUUAAUCAUAUUGGUACACUUGCUUCUGUUUAUCACAAACCAAUAUCUGAUUUUGUUAAGAUUAAUGAUGAAGUAAUACAAAAAAGUACAAAACAUAUAUGCACUAAAGAAAAUAAUCUACUUGGAGACAUAAUUAGUUUUGAAGAUGAUAUUCAUUAUGAUAAAUCAAAAUCAGUUAAAACACAACAAAACAUUAUUCUUGAAGAUUUAAUUUCUUUAGAUGUAUUUCGCUACUAA